ACUCACAUAAUUCAUUCACAACCCAAUAUUUCUUCUCCUUCUCAUAUUCAUAGAAUAUUAGAAUCACAUUCCUCUCAAAAUCUGCAACAACUUCCUCUGUCUCUGGUAAUGACAAAAAAAAAAAGCCGACAUUUGCUCAAUUCUUAACCCUCUCCCUGCUUGAAUCCAACCAAUUUAAAGGCCAGAAGAAUGUCUUCCGGGUUUCCAGGCGGCUUUACCAAUCAGCAGCAGCAAUUUCCGUUCCGAUCGCCGCUAGCCGAAAUCCUUCACGACCCUGCUUCCCAGAUCCGGAAGAGAUCACUAGCAGAAUUUCAGCAACAGCAAGGCUUGGAGUUGUAUCUACGAAACGUCAAGCUAAGGCCGAAUUUCCCGCAUGCAAAUCCUCUUUCCCCCAUCUUUCCGCUAGAUUUCCCUACUGAGGUUUUGGGGCAUGAAACUCACAAGAAGAAGAUGAUGAAUCAUCGGCUGCAGGAGCUGGAGAAGGAGCUUCUAGGAGACCAAGUGGACGGAGAUGAGGUAUCCGUCGUCACCCACAGCGACUGGUCGGAGACCAUCCACAAUCUAAUCGCCCCUACCAAAAUCCCCAUUUCUCCGUCUCCGACUUCUUCUUCCUCCUCGUGCUCAUCCACGUCAGCGUCUCCUCCGAUCCUGACCACCAAACACUCUCUGAUAGACGCCGCCGCAGCUAUCUCAGAAGGAAAUUUGGCCGCCGCAACCGAAAUUAUCACACGCCUCCAGCAGCUCGCUAACCCCAAGGGUACCUCGGAACAGAGGCUCACAUCUUUCAUGGUUUCGGCUCUAAAAUCGCGCGUGAACCCCACCGGGACGUCGGAGCUCUACAGCAAAGACCACAAAUUAUCAACGCAAAUGCUGUAUGAGGUGUCGCCGUGUUUCAAGCUCAGUUUCAUGGCCGCUAAUCUCGCCAUCAUCUACGCAACCUCAGAGCAGGGGUUUCAGAGGAUUCACGUUGUGGAUUUCGAGAUCGGCGAGGGUGGACAGUACAUGCAUUUCCUCCACGCGCUGGCGGCGAAUCAAUCCGGCGCCGCCGCCUUGAAAAUCACCGCCUUCUCGGAUAACACCUCCGGCGCCGACGAAAAGCUGAAGAUCGUCGGCGAGAGACUGCACACGUUGGCCUACAAAAUCGGCGUCCGGUUCGAUUUCACAGUGAAGAAAUUGAUCGUCAGCGAUUUGAACCGAAUUAAAUUGGGAAUCGAGCCCGGCGAAGCCCUAGCCGUGAACUUGGCGUUCAAGCUACACAAUCUACCUGACGAGAGCGUGACGACGGAGAAUUUGAGGGACGAGCUGCUCCGCCUCGUGAAAGGUCUGUCUCCGGACGUAACGACGGUGGUGGAGCAGGAGAUGAACGCCAACACGGCGCCGCUGACCGUGCGCGUGAGGGAGGCCUGCGAGCUCUACGGCGCGCUGCUUGACUCGCUCGACGCGACCGUGUCGCGGGGCAACCCGGACCGAGUCAGGAUCGAGGAGGCGGUGGGUCGGAAAAUCGUGAACUCGGUGUCGUGCGAGGGGAGGGAGCGGGUGGAGAGGUGCGAGGUGUUCGGCAAGUGGCGGGCUAGGAUGAGUAUGGCCGGGUUUGAAUCGGUGCCGAUGAGUCAACCCGUCGCGGACUCGCUGCGGGCGAGGCUGAACUUGGGGACACGUGGCAACCCGGGAUUCACCGUGACCGAACAAUCCGGCGGCAUCUGCUUUGGGUGGAUGGGACGGACCCUCACUGUCGCAUCUGCUUGGCGUUGAUUUACAAAAAAAUUAAGUGUGAAUUUAAUUUCGAUUACUUUUUUAUUUUCAAUUGUUGAAUUAGCGUUUUGUAUUACUAGGAGUCUUAAUUUUGCGUAAAUGAUGCCCAGGAAAUUAAUAAAAGAUUCACUAAUUAUUUGAUC